UUGGAUAUAAAUAUCACCGGAAUCGAAUCGGACAAUCCCUUCAGGCAGCUUUCCAAAAAAAAAAAAAAAAAAAAAACCAGAUGGCUGCCUCUUCUUCGCUGAUUUCCACAAACUUCCACUCUUUUUCUCCACUUUCUCGCUCCCCAUGCAGAAAGUUCCUUCCUUUCCCGCUCUCCAAAUCCUUCUCCCGCCACAAACCUGCCGCCUCAGCCUCCCCCUCCCCCAUCCUCUCCCUCCUCCACCACAAAACCCAGAAGCGGUCUUUGAUCCCGCCGCACAAGUUCUCCUGCCCGCCGUGCCUCCACAAGCUUCUGCUUGCCACCAAGAACCCGUUCUCCUCGGUCUUCGAAUCUCUCCUCAUUGUUUGCGCUUCCGCGGCUCUGUCGCUUUCCCUGUUCAUCGCCGAUGUGGAUCCGGCAUCGGCUUUCGUAGUCACUCCGCCGAGGAAGCUGCAGUCCGAUGAGCUCGCCACGGUUCAGCUCUUUCAGGAGAACACUCCCUCUGUUGUUUACAUCACCAAUCUUGCAGCCAGGCAGGAUGCGUUUACUCUGGACGUGUUUGAGGUACCGCAGGGGUCUGGGUCAGGCUUCGUGUGGGAUACAGACGGCCACAUUGUCACCAAUUACCACGUGAUUCGUGGUGCUUCCGAUCUCAGGGUCACACUUGCUGAUCAGUCUACUUAUGAUGCAAAAGUUGUUGGAUUUGACCAAGACAAGGAUGUUGCUGUUCUACGUGUUGAUGCCCCCAAAGAGAAACUAAGGCCCAUACCGAUUGGUCAAUCUGCAGACUUGCUUGUCGGUCAGAAAGUGUUUGCUAUCGGUAAUCCUUUUGGGCUUGACCAUACUCUUACCACUGGCGUUAUCAGUGGGCUUCGUAGAGAAAUUAGUUCUGCUGCUACUGGCCGUCCAAUUCAAGACGUUAUACAGACAGAUGCUGCCAUUAAUCCUGGUAACAGUGGGGGGCCACUUCUAGAUAGUACAGGAAGGCUUAUCGGGAUAAACACAGCUAUAUAUUCUCCAUCUGGUGCAUCAUCCGGUGUUGGAUUUUCAAUUCCAGUUGACACGGUAAGUGGUAUUGUUGACCAAUUGGUCAAAUUUGGGAAGGUCACUAGACCUAUUUUAGGGAUUAAGUUUGCACCUGAUCAGUCUGUUGAACAGUUGGGGGUUAGUGGAGUGCUCGUCUUAGAUGCACCAGCUAACGGUCCAGCUGGCAAAGCGGGACUGCUACCAACCAAGCGUGACGCAUAUGGUAGACUCAUAUUGGGUGACAUUAUAACAUCUGUGAACGGAAAAAAGAUCAGCAAUGGCAGCGACUUGUAUAGAAUUCUCGAUCAGUGUAAAGUGGGCGAUAAGGUGAUUGUGGAGGUGUUGCGUGGUGAUCAUAAGGAGAAAAUCCCUGUUAUACUUGAACCAAAAGCCGACGAGACAUGAGACAUGACCAGUUAGUAUGGGGACGGAUCGCCUUUGAUCUGAUGAAUUCUCAGUAAACCGAAAAAACAGGACAUAUUGCCAUUGUUUGUGUAUUGAUAGUCUUAUGGAAGGGUCUUGUACAUAAACUCUUUCAGUUAACAAUUGAUCCUUUGAUGUAUGGCAGUUGAAUCUUCCAUGUUUAUGAUGCAGAACUGAACGCUACAGCUAUGCUUGUAUGUGUGUAUGGGUCGGGUUUAUUUAUUGUCGGAUACGGGUUGCACUAAAAGCAUCAAAUUCCAGGUUUUGUACUGAAAGCAUGGAAAUAAAAUGGGUCAGGCUUAUUUAAUA